GUUGCGCGCUCCGCCCCCUCCCUCCGCGCCCGCGCGCGCCGUCCCCGCCCCGCCCGCCUCACUCCUUUCGGGGCGGUUGGGCCGCGCGCCUGUGGGGGCGGGGCCCGGAGCAGGCGACCGAGCCAAUGGGGCGCGGCGGCGGCGGCGGUGGCGGCGGCGGCGGCGGCUGGGUCGGGCCCCGGCGGGCGGCGGCGGCUGAGGCGGAGGCGGAGGGAGGCGGCGGCGGCGGCGGCGGCGACGGAGGGGCGAAGAUGGCGGCGCCCGUCCUGCUGAGAGUGUCGGUGCCGCGGUGGGAGCGGGUGGCCCGGUACGCCGUGUGCGCUGCUGGGAUCCUGCUCUCCAUCUACGCCUACCACGUGGAGCGGGAGAAGGAGCGGGACCCCGAGCACCGGGCCCUCUGCGACCUGGGGCCGUGGGUGAAGUGCUCCGCCGCCCUUGCCUCCAGGUCGAUGCAGUGGCUCACGCCUAUAAUCCCAGCCCUUUGGGAGGCCGAGGUGGGUGGAUCACAAGCUGAAGAGAUCAAGAUCAUCCUGGUCAACAUGAUGGGGUCGAGGAUUUGGUCUUUUGGGUUCCAUUUUUGGAAAGGAUGGUGUAUUAAACCAGCCAAACAGUGUCUUUGGACUUAUAUUUUAUAUACUACAGUUAUUACUUGGCAUGACAGCAAGUGCCGUCGCGGCGUUGGUCCUCAUGACGUCCUCCAUCGUGUCGGUCGUGGGGUCCCUGUACCUGGCCUACAUUCUGUACUUUGUGCUGAAGGAGUUCUGCAUCAUCUGUGUCAUCACGUACGUGCUGAACUUCAUUCUCCUCAUCGUCAACUACAAACGACUAGUUUACUUGAACGAGGCCUGGAAACGGCAGCUGCAGCCCAAGCAGGACUGACCUCCACAGACUCUUCCCUGACAGUCUCAAGUCCUUUUCCAUUAAGUUUAUUUUGCAGCAGUUUUUUUUUUUUUUUAAUUCUUCACAACAGACACUUUCCCUAAGAAUCUUAAAACUGUUUUUAAAAAUCCUGUAAAUUAGAAGGGGCCCUCGCUAUUUUUUGUGUCAAUCUUCAUUUUAAAUAUGGAUACAAAAAGGAGCCGCCAAGCCAAUCAAAGACAAGCUUUCACUUUACUUUGAAGAUGCUUUUGAAAUGAUCAAAUGUAGCCCUAGCCCCUUCCCUCGAUUGUAAAGUGAGCAACCAUUGCUAGUAAUUCCUUCAAGUGUAUCAAUUCAAUUUCAGGUAUAAAAAUGUGAUCAUGACAUGAAAAUAUUUUAGAAUAGAUACUGUAUUAAAUAUCGCCAUGUUUACAAUAUGUAAUAUGUUUUUAGCCGAAGGAUUUAAACAUGUAGAUUCAACUAGAAUCCAUUUAUGUGAUAUUUGUAAAUAAAAGUAGAAAUAUUGGCUCCAUCCCUGCAGAACUUACUGUACAGUUUAGUUGGAGUUAGCACUGAAGAACUGUCAGCUCAGUGUUAACUGAGGAGGCAGUGAAAAUAGCCCAUACACAGCAUCUUGAGAAAAGUGCUGGCAGCCACGAGUGCAGCAUUGAUUGCAAAAAUUAUAGGGUUAAAAAAAAAUAGGGUGGUUGGUUCCCUUUUAUCUCCCUCUUUCUGAAAGGAAGAAAUUGAAUUGGAACGUUCAAGUCAGAUUUGUGUCUGGUUGUAAAACUGGACCAAUUGUUAACCUUACAGAGUAAGUCCGAGGCCUUGAGGACACUAGGAUGGGAAGAUGGGUAUUUUCCUUUGGAGAAAAGCUGGAAAUACAAACAUGGCAUUUUUAGGUAAAGUUUCUUCCACCAGUUGACUUUUCACACAGAUAUUUUUCCUUAAUAUUGGUGCCAGUCAACCAAACAGUAUUAUGACGGAAAUGAGCAGUCCAAGUCCCGUCGCUCCAGAGUGGGAGCAGUGUUCUUGCUAAUUGUUUCUCUCUGCACUAACCCCUUGGAUGUCUAAUUUUUUUGGAGUGAAAUCCUGGAUUUGCGACCUUCAGGGCUGACAUGCUGCGCAGUCUGCUUCAUCGGGGGAAGAGCAACAGGUAGACACAUCUCAAGGUGAAAUAGAGUCGUGUCGCCACUGCUCUCAUAAUGCCACACAUGCAGUAAGAAGAGUUUGGAAAGGGGAUUCGAGUAAGCCCAAAUGACAUUGGGACAGGACGUUUCUGUGGUUAACAUCUGAUGUCAGAAUGUUAAAAGUGCCUUCUGUCUUAAAUCUCAAACCAAAUAUUUUGUGUGUUGACCUUGGGCAGAAGUGUCCUUCAUUCCUUCCUUUCUUUGCCGUCAGGUGGAAAACCCGCUCUCUGCAGAAGGUCCUGUGUGAUAAUUUUACUCCUCUGGUUGAGAAGCAGCAAUGUUUUUGCUUCUGAUUUGAUUAAUCGUUUUAUGUUAAAAAUAGUCAAUGAGGCUGGUACCUCUUGAGUGCUUUAUUUGCCUUCUCCUUGAAGGGAGGGAACAGACUCUGUUCUGUGAACUAAAAUGUGUAGUCAGCAACAAUUCAGUAAUUUCUAACCAACUCAUAAUGGACGCAACAUAGGUCUUUUGGCUCAAGGCAAGUAUCAAGUCCGAAUUGUAAUGAACUCUUCACCAGUUUUAACCAGUUUCUUAAAAGAUCGCUUAACUCAAGGUUUCAUCAAGGCUUGUGUUUUCCCAUGAAUGUGAAUCUUUCAGCGGCCGUUCGAGUCUGUAUGUGCCGUGGUGUUCUGAAGUAGUGAAAGAACUCUAGAACGCACCGACUGGCCGUCUGGGGUCUGUGGAGGAAGCCUCGGUUUGAGGCUGUGCCGGGAGGCCACCUUGGGCGGCGCAUCCAGCUCCCUAGGGCAGUCGCCUGGUUCUUUCUUCUAAGCUACGGUGGAAAUGGCUUCAGGGUUGAAACUGUGGUAUACCUUACACCAGUCAUGCUAAACACGUUCCUUGCGUCCCAGUAUCCAGUGGUUUUCAUCCUAGUUUGUAUCAAGCAAAGUAUAGUUAAAGCUUGUCUCGAUGUUUCAUUCUUGAAAAUGUCUUCAACUCUUACCUGAGAAAACAGAAAAAUCGUCAGCCAGUCCCUUCCAGUUUUUUCUUUGCUUUGCUAAGCCUUGGGGAAACCACUAUUUCAUUGUGUAAAAGUUUUUGCCACAUUCCUAUGGCCCCGUCGAGUAAAUACCCUUUUUUCUCACUGAGAGGAACACGUGCUGCCUGUACUAACAGCAUUGUAACGCCGGUAUCUCAGUGACCAACAGAACCCUGGUGGGUGUUAACUUGGUGUCUUUUGCCCUGGAGAGUUUGGGUUCCUUUCUGUCCCUUCUAUUCUGCCCAGAAGAGGGGGAAUCACCAAUGUUAUAAACUUGGAAGAUUGUCGUGCCAGUUUUAGACUGAAUAUUUAAAGACUGCAGCUAGCCAGCAGUGUAAAGGACAGACUAGGGGAAACAUUUCUUGCUAGCAGUAAUUCCAUGCUUCAUUUUUUUGAAGUGAUUCAUUCCAAAUGAAACCAUUUAUUGACUUGAUAGUCACAAAUACCAUUUGAAGAAAUAGGAGUCAUUGGCGUUAGAGGAUAAAUUCCAGGGAAUCCAGGUGGUUGGGAGGGUUUCAUUUGGGUUUGCAUUACACUUAGUUGCUCCCAGUGUAAAGGUAGAUUUCUGGUGACAUAACUCAGGUUUAACUAGCUGUGUGGCCAGAAUCACUGUUCUUCAUGUGUGUCUUCUCCUUAAAUCCAUUACUCUCAAACAAUGUUCAAAGCAUUGACUGUUUCAUUCAGAGGACCAAGACCACAGUGAAAUUAAAACUAUUUGUUGGCUAGGCGUGGUGGCUCAUGCCUGUAAUCCCAGCACUUUGGGAGGCUAAGGUGGGCGGGUCAUCCGAGGUCAGCAGUUCAAGACCAGUGUGGCUGACAUAGUGAAACCGUCUCUAUUAAAAAUACAAAAAUAAGCCAGGCAUGGUGGCGGGUGCCUGUAAUCCUAGAGGCUGAUACAAGAGAAUGGCUUGAACCUGGGAGGUGGAGGUUGCAGUGAGCAGAGAUUGCACCACUGCACUCCAGCCUGGGCAACGAGCGAAACUGUCUCAAAAGAAAAACUACUUGUUGACUUUUGCUUUUCAUUUAGUUUUUGAAAAGACUGUUUGCAAAAGUAGAGUUAUCUUUAGCAAUUACUUCAUAAUUUAGAUCGGUACCAAGAGUGACAGGAAAGCUUGUCUUGAAAAUCAGUAUUAGACAGAUGCCAACAAGGAGACCCACUGUGAUUUCUGGAAGCCUGUUUGGGGAGACAGACCUAAUGACCUAAUAUGCAAUUUCUGUCUUCCUUUCCUCUAACACACAAGCAUUGGUGACACAUCUCAGACACCUGAGGCAGCAUUACGACUUCUAAUCCUGAGAACGCCCCUUCUGCCAUCAAACAAAAGGGGCAGGUGUGGGAACCCCGGCUACUGAAUCAUCUUUUUACUACAAGUUUGUCCAGAAAAGGUGAAAUGUUUAGUUGUAAAACUGUAUUAAGCGUGGCCUGAGGAUUAGGUGUAUGAUGUCUAAUCUGUUCCAUCAAAAAUAUUCAUUACUAGUGCUUUAAGCUCCAGAGUAAACAUUCAUUUAAAAUGGAGUUCACUGGGCAGAUUUCCCCAUUAAUAAUCUAGAUAGAAGUCUUCUUUAUCAGAGAUUCAAGGCACCAUUUUGCUAACUGGUAAAUAAAACCAAAUGUAAAUAUGUAAGAAUGUUUAUUUGUUGCACAUAACUUUUUUGGUAUAAAAUAAAUGUAGAAGUUACCUGUGGAA